AUGACUUCCAAAAACAAGAAACCGUGUCACCACUUCGCCAAAGGCCGCUGCCGGUACGGCGAUGGCUGCCAGUAUUCCCACGAUCCGGGCGAUCACGUCAGCCAGGUUGGCUCCAAGUACAACGGAGGCUCAGGCUUGAAUCAUACUGCGCCGGCCCACACCCCCGCUGCAAACGCCAGAAACAACGGUUCGCAGCACACCGGGAACGCGCCUCCUGGCUCUUGCCGGUUGUUCUGGAGCACGGGGACGUGCCCGCACUCCUUCGGCUGCAGGUUCAGGCACGACCAACCGACCUCGACCAAUGCUCAUCCCCUCGCCACCAACCUCGGCCAGGAUGCCAACCUGACAACCUCUGCUUUCCCUGACAUCGCCAGCGUUACCACCGACUCCUGCGACAGUCUCCUCAAACCUACCAAGUUCCUUGCCCCCAGCCGGGUUCAGGCCGCUCUCAAAGACGCGUCGGAUCCGGCAAAGAGGAUCUCAACGCCCGCCGUUGCUGAGGCAUUCCUUCUGGCGCUGAACGCCGCCAACAAGCUCAACACUCUCUGGACCUUUGAAGACCGACAGAGCGUCCUCAAACUCGUUUCUCAAGAACCGGCAGAUGCUCUCUUGCGACUUGGCGAGAUCAUGCGAUGGCCCAUCAUCGGCGAUGCAACGAUCGACAAGCGAGCCAUGAGCUUCCAAGGGUGCUACAUGGGCUGGAUAGCGUAUCUCACUUCAGAGUCCGUCUUGAAGAGUGCCGUCUUUGCCUCCGUCAGCUCGCUCUACUCGCCAGUAGAAGGCAACAUCGCGCAGAUUCUUACUCAUCUACUCAACAACAUCCAGUUUUGCGAGCAGGCUGGAUCGUACAAGGAUCCAGCUGGUGCGCGGUACCUCCGCAUCAAAGUGGUCGACGUCAUCAGCGGUGCUCAGAUCUUCAAACCGAUCGCUACUUUGCUUCUGAAAUACCUCGACAUCUAUCGGUCAGCGCCGACUACCCACCCCGAGCUACAGUCAUUCGUCCAGGACUUCUCGGCUCAUUUCGAAAUCUGGGCGGACGGCAUCAUGCGGGACCGCUUCGUCGACUCCCUCAGCGCCAAGAGCGAGGUCGAGAAAAUCUUCUUCAUCACCCAAACUCGCAAGGAGAUCAAGACGCUACUUCAGACCGUCGAGCGGGCUUUGCCGAGCCAGGAGGAUGAGCCGGUCUACACCGGUCCGAAGGCGUUCUCGGCAAACCUGGGUAUCCUGGCUGCUCUGCGAAGGGAGUACAACGGGCCCGGCGAGUUCUGCGAGGAUGGACCAAGGCAUGACAAUGAUCAUGCCAACAUCGCCGACAUCCAGAUCCCGCCUACCUCGGAGGAACUGGCCUGCACUAUCGAGCCGUACGUUCCGGCCAAUCUGGUAGGAUCGGCACACCACCUGCCGGCGGAUAGCAUGGAGAAGAUCCUGGACAUCCAGUUCCGCCUGCUUCGCGCUGACGCAAUGAACGCUCUUCGAGGGGGUAUCCAGCUUGUCCUGGAUGAUCUCAAUCAAGAAGAUUAUCCAAACACUCAAAUCGCGAACAUCAUGCGCAAAGGUGGAGGGCGCUUCAAAGGUCAUCCGACUGGUGGAGAUCACCUUAUGCUGCCUAUCAUCAGCAAUAUCGAGUACCGUGGUCUCGCGCUGAACCACAAGCAUGGGCUCGUCCUGGAAGUUCGCGGCGACAGCCCUCCCGUCCCGUCCGACAUCAAGACCAUUGAUCGCCCCGGUACCAGCGCCAUCGAAUUCGGCCUUUGCUUCGUCAACUCCGCCGAUGGUCUUCGAGCGGCCGAGACUCUGCGCUAUCGGGACGAAUCCAAGGGAGCAGUUCGCCUGCUCAUCGAAAGUCCGGUCCUGUACGAAAGCGUUCGACCCUUCCUCGAGGCGCUACAGCGGACGGACCCGCUCCGCAUACCCUUCGGCGAGUACAUCAAGCACAGCGAGGACUCCCGAGCCGGGACAGAAAUCGCUCUUCCCGCUUAUGCGAGCGUGCCCGGUUUCACCUGGAACCUCAUGAUCCUCCUCAAGCCGGAACACAAGGACGAGGUCUGCAUCUUGGAGCCGGGCUCGUCAACUUCAGUGCAGGCCACCAGGGAGCGGCUGCGCCAAAUCGGCAAGCUCGAUCCAAGUCAAUCCGACGCGGUAGUAGACUGCAUGAAGAAUAGUCUGUGCUUGAUCCAGGGUCCUCCGGGUACCGGAAAGACUUUUACUGGCGUCGAACUGCUCAGAUUGCUAUUUGCCAAUAACGUUGGCCCGGUCGUCUUACUCGCUUACACCAAUCAUGCUCUCGACCACAUCAUGCGCGCUGUCCACGAUGGCGAUGUCACCAAAGACAUGGUUCGGCUUGGAUCGCGGAGUAAAGACGAGAUUGUAAGCCAGUACAGUCUGGAGGCGCUGGAGAAGGUUCAGCCCAAGACCAACCUCACCCACGAGAUUGGCAAGGCCGCGGCGGGGAUGAAGGAUCUGGCGACCCAAAUGCAGAAGUUGUCGCUCAGUAUCACCCGGCGCCAAGCGACCGACGCAGAGAUCUCCAACCAUCUCACCAUCCACUUCCCGGAGUUCCAAGCCUGCCUGGACGAACCAACGGCUUGGAUCAGCGUAGUGUACGAGUACACGUCCGAUACUUCCGGAUGGCAGAACGUCGGAGGCGGAGAAGCAGUAUCCAGCAUGUGGCGGUUCUGGAAGGAUGGGCACGACCUUCAGCACCUUCGCACCCUCGCCACCAAACCUCGGAAGGCGGUACCUGCACCCGUCGCUACCACCGUCAACCAGUUCGCCGCUCUUCAGAUCGAGGACGAUCAGUCCUCCAACGACUCGGCGGAAGCGGACGAUGCGCCCGUCCCCGUCGGAUCAGCCUCGGACAUGUGGUCUUUCAUGUUCGUCAAGCCCGAUAUCGAGUCGUGGGAGGAGGCGAGCAUCACCGACCGUGGUUCGGUCUCGGACACCGAGACGGACGCUUCGGACAACUUUACGCGGCCGGGUCAGCAUGACUCGAAUACAACCCGCCAGACGAGCAUCUCGGACGCGGUGCAGGACGGAGAGUCCUUCUGCUCCUUCUUCGGCUUCGGUACGCUUCCCGCCAUCCCGCAGACCGACCGAGAUCUCGAUGUCCUGCUCGCCGACGGGGAUAUCUGGUCCUUCUCGAUGGAGGAGCGACGCCGGGUCGCCGAGUUCAUCACCGCGCAAGCCAAAGCCGACGUGGAUGAGGAGUCGCUGGCGUUGUUUGAGAUGUUGACAAGGAAGCAUGCCGAGGCGAGGAGGGCGCAUGAAGAGGCUGUGGCCAACCGCCGAGUCUCUAUGAUGCAGAAAGUCAAGCUUCUUGGCUCCACAACUACAGGUGCUGCCAAACUUGUCUCGGUCCUCAAGGGAUUUGCGCCCAAAGUUCUGGUCAUCGAGGAAGCCGGCCAAGUGCUCGAAGCCCACGUGCUCGCUACACUCUUCCCCAGCAUCGAGCACAUCAUCGCCAUCGGAGAUCCGCAGCAAUUACGACCAAACGUCAGCUGUUAUGAAUUCUCUGCCGAUAGCCCAAAAGGCUCAGAACUCUAUCGCUUCGACAUCAGUCUCAUGGAGCGCCUUGCCGAUGGCGGUCUACCGAUGAGCCAGCUUCAAGUCCAGCGUCGGAUGCGGCCGGCGAUAUCAUCAUUGAUAAGUCUGAUGUGGACGCUGAAGAUCAGGAACACCUUAUAUCCGAGGUUACAAGAUCAUGAGAGCGUCCUCUCUUACCCCGACGUCCGAGGAAUGGGCAAGAAUGUCUUCUUCUUCGAUCAUCGCCACCGGGAAAGUCACGCUGCCGACGAGGGGUCCAGCAAGUCCAACGACUUUGAGGUGGCGAUGGCUUGCGAGCUGGCGCUGUAUCUGCUCAAGCAAGGGUCAUACUCCGCCGAGGGAGAUAUCGUUAUCCUUGUGAGCCAACCCAUUCCGCCGAAUGAGACGAUGCUAAUGUUUGUUCAGUGCGCAUACCUUGGUCGAUUGCUCAAGAUGCGAGAAGCUCUUCGCGGCCGAGUCAUGGUCCUCAUCGACGAACGAGACCAGCGCGAGAUCGACAGGCUUGUCCCGGAGGACGACGACGAUGCGCCUGGAACGGCCAGAAGAGUCGAGGUACUGCUCCGGACCGUCGACAACUUCCAGGGCGAGGAGGCAAAAAUCAUCAUCCUCUCCCUCGUCCGCAACUCUGGCGACGUCGAUGGUCAAGAUGCAGGACAAAACAUCGGUUUCCUCAACUCCAAAAACCGCACCAACGUCGCUCUCUCGCGAGCCAAAGAGGGACUCUUCAUUCUCGGAAACGCUCCUCAGCUCGCCGCGAAGAGCAGGAUGUGGGAGACAGUCAUUGACGAGUUGACCGAUACGGACGCCAUCGGUGAUGGCUGGCCCAUCGCAUGUUCGCGUCAUCCCGAAACGCUGCGAUCUGCCAAGGAGCCGGGCCAGAUCUCUCAAUUCUCUCCUGAUGGUGGAUGUCUGCUGCAAUGGUGGGCAUCCUGCGAAGCAACGAGCCGAUGCCGUGCGGUCAUCUUUGUCGGCAGAAGUGUCACCCUGACGACCGGGACCACAAGCUGGUCGAGUGCCGUCAGCUCUGCAGCAGGCUCCUGCCGGUCUGCGACCACCCAUGCACAAAGGCCUGCUCGAAGGAUUGCGGGGUCUGCGAGAUGCCCUGCGCGGCGGUCUUGCUUCCAUGUGGUCAUCGAACGGAUCUGCUAUGUCACCAGACUCGAGCUCUGGACGAGGUCCGCUGCGCCGAAAAGGUCAUCAAGCACUUCUCCAGAUGCGAGCAUACCAUCGAGGUUGCAUGUGGCGAGAACGUCGACCUCAGCUCGUGUCAAGCUCCAUGCGGGCAGUAUCGCAACUGCUGCGGCCGUACCUGCACCUCCACCUGCUCGGAAUGCCAGCAUCUCAACGACACCAAGAGGACCGCUGCACCUCUCACGCAGAUGGACGCGAACGGCAACAUCGUCCAGGUCCACUCCGCCGUCGCCAAGAUCAACCGGACCCGUCAUACCGCUCACCCAUGCGGCAAGGUUCUUCAGAUCUGCAGUCACGACUGCAGCGGCAAGUGCGAGCCCGGCCACGUCCACCCGCCGUGCACGGCUCCUUGUCUUCAACAAUGUGCGCACAACAAGUGCAGGAAGGAGUGCAGAACUCCCUGCAAGCCUUGUCAAGAGCCUUGUUCUUGGCGUUGUGAGCAUCAAGCGUGUGCUCUUCCUUGCGCAAUGCCUUGCGACCGCCUACCUUGCGAUGUCGUCUGCCCCACGAUCUUGCGCUGCGGUCAUCCCUGUCCAUCAGCUCUGCCCCCUCUGCGCCCCGGAAAACAAGCUCGGCGAUAUCGUCGAUUACAUCAUGCAGUCCACCCUGGCCGACGUCAUUGCCGAAGACCCCUCUACUCGCUUCAUCACCCUCGAAUGCGGACAUAUCUUCACGCUCGAGUCGCUCGACGGGACGGGAACGAGCGCUGAACGGUCUCGGCCGACUUGCCCAGCCUGCCGCGGUCGGGUCGACUCGCCUCGGUACAGCCGCAUCACCAAGCGGGCGCUCAUCGACAUCCAGGAGCAGCAUGCUAUCCACAACAUGACGCAGAACCUCGAUCGGUACCGCAGCACCGCGGCGCAGAUCAACUUUGAUCAGAUCAUUGCCUCCGUCCCCGAACUGUUGCGGUCGGCAACUGCUUCCAAGCAUCACCGUAUCCCGCUGCAGCAGCACCUCGACGCUCUCUUGCGGAUAGACGAGCGGGACAAACGGUGUCUGCCGAGCGAUACCUUCGUCGUGGACCUCAGCAAUCACUUCCAUAUCGAUGGUCACGUUGCGUCCAUCUGGAAAUCGGCCACAUCCUCGGUAUUCCAGGUCUAUCGGAACCUCGGUAUGGUCGUAAACGUCGCGCGCUCUCCGCACGUUGCUGCGUACGAGUCUGCGGUCGCAACACUCUACCGAGAAGAGCUGGACCGGCGAGGGUCAGCCAAUGCCGCCUACUCUUCGGUCGACAUCGCAAUGAUAUGCGCGCGUCGUCGUGUGGGAGCGCCAUUUCCACGCGGGGAGGCACGUUUCAAGAUCGAGGCUCUCCUCAUCACCCUCGACCUCCGGCUCAGGCUCGCCGAGGUCGCAAAUGCCUUCUCCACUGCGUUGCGGGUCACCAUCCCACCUCCCGAAGUCGACUACAAGGGACAUACCCUCGCCCGACAAAAGGUGUGGAUGGCAGAUCGCUUUACUAUCCUCGGCACCUUCCUUCUCAAAAGCUGCCGGCGCGACGCAGACGUGGCUUGCAGUCUAUCCGCCGACGCUGAGGCUCAUCGUUUGGCUCUGCGUUCAGAGCUCAAGAGCCUCGCAGCCAACUUUGCAUUCGGCCGACAAAUCGCAACCGUUCGGGUCGCCUUCCAACACCCACGGGCGGACAUCGCGGGCAUGCUCGAUGUUGAGCGGGACCUGGCGGCCCAGCGGAUCACCCAACAGUUCUCGGAGAUCUCGGACAAGACCGUCAAUAACCCUACCUUCCGGAAAUGGGCGUUGGAGGAGAUCAUCCCGGUGGCGGAGGGGUACCUGCAAGACUGGGCGGACCUUUCCCAGGCGGUUCGGACGGGGACAGUAUACCUUCCCGUCACGGCCAGGGAGAAGAUGGAGGUGGCGAAGGCUGUAGUGGACGCCUCGCAUGGGGGGACUGCUGGUCGGUUCUAUCAGUGUCCCAAUGGUCAUUCAUACACUGUCGCCGACUGCGGUCAGACCAUGGUCGAAUCAGAAUGCCCAGAAUGCGGCGCCCCCAUCGGCGGACGGAAUCACAACCUCCGUGCGGACAACGCGCGCGAUAUGGAGAUGGAGAGGUUGGCGAUGGAGGGGGGUGCUCAGAUGAACCCGCAUGCGGACCUCUGA